AUGUCUUGUGACCUGAAUGAAGGUAGAGCCAACAGGAGCCAAAAGGAGCCAACAGGAGCCAGACUGAGUCUUCAGCAGUCAGUGCCCCGACGUGUUCACCAGUGCCCCGACGUGCUCGCCAGUGCCCCGACGUGUUCACUAGUGCCCCGACGUGCUCGCCAGUGCCCCGACGUGCUCGCCAGUGCCCCGACGUGUUCACUAGUGCCCCGACGUGCUCGCCAGUGCCCCGACGUGUUCACUAGUGCCCCGACGUGCUCGCCAGUGCCCCGACGUGUUCACCAGUGCCCCAACGUGGUCACCAGUGCCCCGACGUGGUCACCAGUGCCCCGACGUGGUCACCAGUGCCCCGACGUGGUCACCAGUGCCCCGACGUGGUCACUAGUGCCCCGACGUGCUCGCCAGUGCCCCGACGUGCUCGCCAGUGCCCCGACGUGUUCACUAGUGCCCCCGACGUGUUCACUAGUGCCCCGACGUGUUCACCAGUGCCCCGACGUGCUCACCAGUGCCCCGACGUGUUCACCAGUGCCCCAACGUGGUCACCAGUGCCCCGACGUGGUCACCAGUGCCCCGACGUGGUCACCAGUGCCCCGACGUGGUCACCAGUGCCCCGACGUGGUCACCAGUGCCCCGGCGUGGUCACCAGUGCCCCGACGUGCUCGCCAGUGCCCCGACGUGCUCACCAGUGCCCCGACGUGCUCACCAGGGCCCCGACGUGGUCACCAGUGCCCCGACGUGGUCACCAGUGCCCCGACGUGGUCACCAGUGCCCCGACGUGGUCACCAGUGCCCCGACGUGCUCGCCAGUGCCCCGACGUGCUCACCAGUGCCCCGACGUGCUCACCAGGGCCCCGACGUGUUCGCCAGUGCCCCGACGUGCUCACCAGGGCCCCGACGUGUUCGCCAGUGCCCCGACGUGUUCGCCGUCCCCAACUGUCACAAACUAUUGGAAACAUUAGGUGCAGAAACAAAAAGUCCUAUUAUCUCUAUAUUUAUACCUAUGAAUGGUAUUCGUCUCGACUACAUCUUCUAG